GCCGGAAACGAAAAUUAAAUCAAAAUCGAUCAUCUCCGUUUGGUUUUUUAGGGUAACAUUAUAAUAUACAUAUGGAUAUUGAUGGAUCCGCGACCUCGUCAAUGUUCUGAAACAAAUCUCUUCGAUCAACAACUCAACAACCUCUCUCUCUCAUCCAAUCUCCCUUCUCUUAUGCUCUGUAAUCGUGUAAGCUUAAAUUCGUUUCUCUCCACAUUUUUCCUCAAUAUAAUCGCCCAUCGCCGCCUCCUUCGUUCCUGCCCCUUACAUUGCGCACCUUCUUCCAAUUUCCCAUACGACGGGCAUUAGGAGAGGGGAAUUCAGAAAUCUGGUAUUUGUGAUAUGAGUGCUUGAUUCAUAUUUUGAUGCGCAACCCGUUUAAUUUACAAGUUUGAAAGCACGCCAUCAUGUCCGGAUCAUUAUCUUCCAAACCAGUUCUUGAAGGCUCUGAUGUUGAGAACUCCGAGGAUGAGAAGAACACAUCCAUUGGGUCCUUGAAGCAGAAGGCAGCCAUUGCCUCCUCCAAGUUCAGGCAUUCUAUGACAAAAAGGGGCAGGAGAAGUAGCAAAGUUAUGUCGGUGGAAAUUGAGGAUGUGCGUGAUAGAGAGGAGGUUCAGGCCGUGGACGCUUUUCGUCAAGCUUUAAUAUUGGAGGAGUUGCUACCUGCCAAGCACGAUGACUAUCACAUGAUGCUCAGAUUCUUGAAGGCCAGGAAGUUUGAUAUUGAGAAAACGAAGCAAAUGUGGUCUGACAUGCUCCAGUGGCGUAAAGAAUUUGGCGUUGACACCAUAAUGGAGGAUUUUGUAUUUGAGGAGCUUGAUCAAGUCUUAGAUUAUUAUCCUCAAGGGCAUCAUGGUGUGGAUAAGGAAGGACGGCCUGUGUAUAUUGAGAAAUUGGGCAAGGUGGAUCCCACCAAGUUAAUGCAAGUCACUGAUAUUGACCGGUAUCUGAAAUACCACGUACGAGAGUUUGAGAGGACAUUCGCUGUAAAGUUUCCUGCCUGUUCAAUUGCUUCCAAGAGGCAAAUUGAUCAAAGUACAACAAUUUUGGAUGUCCAAGGAGUGGGACUUAAAAACUUUAAUAAGACUGCUCGGGAUCUUAUCUCCCGCCUUCAGAAAAUUGAUGGCGAGAACUAUCCAGAGACUUUGAACCGCAUGUUCAUCAUUAAUGCUGGUUCCGGAUUUAGAAUGCUGUGGAGCACUGUAAAGUCCUUCCUAGAUCCUAAAACCACAGCAAAGAUCCAUGUUCUUGGAAAUAAAUACCAGAGCAAGUUGCUUGAAAUUAUUGAUUCCAGCGAGUUGCCAGAGUUUCUUGGAGGCACCUGCACCUGCGCUGAUCAAGGAGGAUGCAUGCGUUCUGAUAAAGGUCCAUGGAAAGACCCGGAAAUAUUAAAGAUGGUCAGCAAUGGAAAUCAUAAAUGUUCGAGGAUAUCUGAGGGCAACGAGGAAGCACUUCCUGAUGUUAAGGAUGUCUGCACCAUCUCCCCUAGACAUCAUACUAAUCACGUUGACCAUCCAUCACUCUCUCCUCUCCCUAAGGUUACCCAGAACAUUCCAGUGCCUUACAAUGAGGAUUGUGUCCCAGUAGUUGAUAAAAGUGUGGAUAUAGCAUGGAAAAUGGUGGCAGAAAAAAACAUGCUUGCCUCUUCUAAAGAUUUUGCUAUGGGUGAUUCCGGCGAAGCCCCUGCGGAGGGUAUUAAAUCUAAGGUUGUGACUAGUAUUAUGGCCUUACUCAUGGGAAUUUCUGCUGCCGUGAGGUUGGCUCGCGCCAUGCCUAAGAAGCUCACCAAUCCCUCCAUAUCCUCCGAACCAGUUUACUGUGUCAAUGAUGACGACUCGAUGUUCAAGGGGCAGCCACAGCCACCUUUAUUUGAACCCUUGCCUGAUUACAUGUCUACCGUGAAACGCAUGGCUGAAUUAGAGGAGAGAGUCAAUGUCUUGUGCAUGAAACCUGCUGACAUGCCUCGCGAGAAAGAGGAGCUACUCAAUGCUACACUAAGCCGCGUUGAAGCCCUUGAAAAGGAGCUCAUCGUUUCCAAAAAGGUUCUGGAGGAAACACUGGCUAGACAACAAGAGAUUUUUGCAUAUAUCGAGAAGAGGAGGAAGAGGAAGAAGCUGAUAUCAUUCCGCUGGUGAAGGGAUGAAAAUGGCAGACGUCCCGCAGAUGCUCAGCCACGAGCGGUGGGGCGAUCGUCCUCCUGAACACCCAUCUGACCUCCCUGUGUUCGAACCAGAAAUGUAAAGUUGAGAACUACUUCUGGUCAGAGCGUUGUUUAAUAUACAAAUCUAUAUACACUAUAUAUAUUUAUUAUUUCUGAUGUAAAACUGAGUUCUAGGUAUAACAAGUAAGGCCAUCCUUAAAAUGCGAUGGGAUGGGAUGUAAAAAUUCAUAUAAAGUUCUGCAACAAAAUGCAAUCUUACACGUGUGUGUUUUACAAAAGCAAACGAGACUUGAAAAUGGGAAAUAAUACAACAACCAUAAAAGCACUUAUUUGUAGA